GUCAGUUGGUCAACAUGGCGAUGAUCUGAUUUAGCGAGCGGAGGACACAUAAACUUUCUCGUCGAAGGCGUGAAUAAUGCCCGAAAAUUCAUCUUCUUGGGUGUUAGUAUUAUAGAAGGAUGUCCUGAUCUGUUUCUUUGACCAGGAUGGAGACAAGCUCAGAAAAUGAUGUAAAAAUGGAGGAAGCACCCUCAGAUAAAGAAUCUGGGACAGGACUUCAGGGAUUUGAGGAUAAGGAAAAAUCUGAACAACAACACCACCAUGAUGAUAAGCAAUUGGAUGCAUCCCACCAAAUUCCUGCACUCUCAAAGUCGAGGGUGUUCCUUUUGAACAUCUCUUGGUUUGGCAUGAAUGUCAUGUAUCUUAUUCUGUCAGUUGAGGUUGUGCCGUCUCAAGUUUAUGCACUAGUUGGCUCUGGGCAGAAGGGUCAAGUGCUUGGAGGCAUGGUUGCUGCUGGAGCAGUGGUUACAUUUUUCUUGAGCCCUCUGGUUGGAAUGAAAAGUGAUCGUCUUGUGUCACAGUAUGGAAAACGACGCCCUCUGAUGCUUGGUGGAACUGUGUUACUUUGUAUAUCGCUUUUUGGAAUGGCAUUUAGUGCUCCUGAUAUUGAAAGUGACAUUUCAAAUGUUACGUGCUCUAUGGAUUUAAAGCUGCGGCGAUGUCUGCCGUACUAUAACCUGACCAUCUUAGAGCAGUCAGAGGACAAUUCUACUGCUAAUUCGGACACAAGCUUCUUGCUGAGUAUGCUAAUGCAGAAAGAAGACUCGAGAGGAAAUAUAGGUCUUUACAUUGCAUUCUAUCUGUGUGUAAUGGCAUGCUAUUCCAUAAUGAGUGUACCAUAUAAUGGACUGAUUGCUGAUUUGACCCCACCAUUCCAAAGAGGCUUCAGUUCUGGUGUUAUGGGAGCCAUGACACUAGUUGGAAAUGUAACAGGAGCUCUCAUAGGCUUUUUCUUUCCGAAAAUUGGAGUGGUUGGCACGUAUUCCUUGGUGUCCAUCCUGUACUUUUUGUGUGUAGUGCUCACUGUGUUCUCCUGUCCAGAGCCCCCUAAUAAAGUGACCCACAAGCCCAUAGGUCUGAAGGCUGUAUUUCAUGCCUACUGGGAACCAUUAAAAGUUUUCUUGAGUUUUGGCUGGGAGACAUGGUGACUUUACCAAACUGCUGGUCUCCUGAGAGGAGUGUAGCAAUGCUGCUUCUUCCAAUGCUGUUUUCUGCUGCAUUGUUUUCUGUUAUAGGAGGUUUCCUAUCAGACAGGCUUGGAAGAAGAAAACCUCUUGUUAUUGGAUCAGCAAUAUUAAUGAGUGUGUGUGCUGUGAUACUGGCUGGAUUGCAGGGGAAAUAUGCUUUUUAUGCUGCAAUGCCAGUAGCAUUAACAUUUGGGGUUGGCUUUGGAGCUUAUUGUGCAGUGGAUUUUGCCCUUGUGAUGGAUGUUCUUCCUAAUGACAGAGAAAAAGCCAAGGAUCUGGCUGUUUGGCAUCAGGCCCUUGUCCUGCCGCAAGCCAUUGCCACACCCACAGGUGGUAUCAUUUUGGACAUGUUUGAGAAGCUGAGAUGUGAUAUAGGACUUGGUUACAUUAUCCUCUUCCUUGUAACAUCUGUGUACUUUGUUCUUAGUGGUAUUUUUGUUUAUAAUAUCAAGAAAGCAAAAUAGAUUAAAACCUCUUCUUGUGAAGCAUCAUUUAUACUUUUCUUAUGAGAUGCCCGAGGGGUUUCUUUUUUGGCUACAUUCUUUAUUUCACCUUUCAAUUACUUGUAAAUUGCAUAUUCUAAGAUAGCAUGACGUUAAGGUUGCAUGAUGUGUUGCUUUCAUUGUUGCCAAGGCACAGUGUCUUUGGAGGAAUCCUGUAGGUCAAGAUCCCAACUUGUGCUUGGUGGUUUUAAUCUAUGAUGCUCACAUGUAGGUGUCUGUUAGUAUAACAAUCCACUGUCGCUUGUCAAAAUUAAAAAUUAAAUCUAAUUUUCACUGCACGUUGUUGAAAGGAAUAACAUUGAUCCAAAGGGAUUGAGAUGAAGUAUUAUUUCAAGUAUGAUGCACUUGUCUUCCUUUUGUACAUGUAUCUCUGAUGAAAAGGAAACAUCAUUUAUUUCUAAAGAGAUUAACUAUCAGGGUCACAGUCAGAGGUGUCAAAGUUCAAAUUCAGAAUAUUUUUAUGGGAAUUAAAAUUAUAUAGAUCUUAACAAUUUUGAUGUCAGUCUUUUACACAAGGGGUUUGCCAAAAUUGGAGAAUGGAUAUUUUUACAGGCUGUAUUUUGACAUGCAAAUUGAUGAUAUGUAAAUGUAUAACAGGAAAUGUGUUUUUGGUGAAAAUUUAAAGGAGCAUUAGAAAUAACAUGCUUGUGACUAAAACAGGAGAUCUUUUAUCAGUGUUUACUAGAAUUGAAAACAAAGAAAGUCUGGUAUUAUGGAAAACAUUUUAACCAUUACCAUGAAGGUGAACAACUUGUACAUAUUUUCUAAUUUUAGUAUCUCAGUAACUGGCCACCUGCCCUUCCCCUAGCCCAAAAACAGUCAACUGAUAACAAGUUAAGGUAAAUGUUGGGUUAGGGGAGGGGUAGGUGUACAGUUAGUCAGACACUGACAUUGAUUCUAGUUUUAGCAAGGAAUUGUAAGUUUAGUUUUCAGUGAAAGAAAGGGAACUUUUUAGCACAACAACAGUGAUAAGAGUACAGUGUACUCUAGAAUUUGCUAUUUUACUAUUACAAAGAAGUCAAAAAGCUCUUGCAACAAAUACUUGCAUGACAUGUACAGUAGCUAUUUUUUACUGGUAUUUAAUGUACUGAAUUUCACUACUGAACAAAAUGGCAAAAACAACUAUUGCCAACUGAGCCAUAAAUAUAAAAACGUUAAAUAAGAUAAGCAUUGAUAAAAAUGUAGUUUCCCUACUGCCUACCACAUUCUCUCAUUCUGGAU